GACGCUAUGAAUUGUAACGUACCGUUGUCGGUAGAAGCGACUGUGCCGCCGACAGGAAUUGUCUUAUUCCGUCGUUAUUUUCUUCAGGUUUGCGACUCAGUUCGAAUGACAAUCCAAGAGGGACAGACACACCGUUCAUGUAGUGAAAACCAUCGAAGUAUUGGCUGCAUGGAGGUCGUCGACAGUCCGCUUAAUCUCGCCCAUCAGCAGUGCAGGAAGGCAGAUCGUUUGCUUGCUGCUGGAAAAUAUGAAGAGGCAAUUUCAUGCCAUGGCAAAGCAGCAGAACUUCUGACAGAAGCAAAGAAGACAACAGACUGUAAACAGGCUCGUGUGUCCAUGGAGUUGCAGAGGGAGAGGCAUAUUAAACAGCAGGAUCUUAUCCAGGAGCGCUGGAAGAGGGAAGCCCGUCGGGAGGCCACAAAAACCCGACCUGGCGCAGUACCACCAUGUACCCUCCUCAUGCCAUCCCAGUCAGCAGACCAGACCCAAAUCACGCCCACCCCAUUAGCUUUAGUGUGUGCGGGAGGUAUGGAGAGAGAGUACGACACUCUACUCUACCAGCUUCAAACUCGACAGGUCGGAACCCUCCAAACCAUGACACCCUGUCCUGGCUCCAAGACCACCAAAGAUGACAAAACUCGCCUGGAAGAACAACAGACCACAAUUGAAGACCUGAGGCGCCUAGUCAACCAUCUGAUGGAUGAGAACCAGCGGCUCACCUCUGAGAACGAGCGGCUACAAUCCGAGAACACCCGACUGCGGGCCGAGGCCACGGAUGUUGUGGAGCGCUCUGAGCUCUGGGUGCUCCCUCAGGCUGGGGGCACCCUGGCGACAGGGAACAACCAGGAGAGAAAAAGCACAGGGAAAGGAAAGGAGAUAGCAAUCCCUCAGCUGCCCCCACUGGAGAUGCCUGCUCAGGAAGAUCUAUGUUUGGAUGACCUGCCUCCUCUGGAGCUGCCAGAGGACCUCCAAAACGAGCUACAGGAGCUGCUGGACAAAGACAAACUGUGAUAAACGCUUUUUCGCUGCCUUUUUAUUCCAUACAACACAAGACUUCAGGGUUCAACCCGAUUUGCUUCUUUUCGGUUCGGACGCCGAAAUGUGUGGCACAGAGUACUCGGAAGGACGCCAGAGCCUCCAGGCCUGGUUCAGCUUCACAGGUAUGAUCAGACAAAAGAAGUACAGCUAGUGGAAUUGAAUCAUCAGAGGCCCGAUCAACCUUCUCCAAACUGUUCUCUACUUCUUCAUUUUCAUAUGAGAGUGGUCACUGAAUGAUGUUUAGUCGAGCACCUAAAAUAACUCGAGAUUUGUUUAUUUUGAAGCUUAAUUGUGAAGAUGAAGUACCUUUUGAAAUUCCACUCACGGUACACCAGCCAAAACGGCCAGUAUAUUUACUGCUACUAUUCGUUCACUCUUACAAUUGCCGUGAAAAAGUAUUGGCCCUAUUCCCAGUCUUGUAUUUCUGCACUUUGAUGUUUAAGAUCAUCAAACAACUGUAUAUAUCAGGCAAAUAUAACCCAGGUGAAGCUGUUUUUAAAUGGUGAUUUCAUUUAUAAAAGACAAAAAAAAAAAAAAUUCCUCAAUGUUACCUGGCCCUGUGUGAGAAAGUAAUGGGCCCCUAAACCUGAUAACUGGUUGGGCCAUCCUCAGCAGCAACAACUGAAAUCAAUGGUUUUUUGUUUUGCUAACUGGCAAUGAGUUUUUCACAUCUCUGUGGAGAUAUUUUGGCCCACUCUUCCUUGCUGAAUUGUUUGAAUUCAGCAAAAAUUGACGGUUUUCGAACAUGAACGGCCUUUUUAAGGUCAUGCCGCUGCAUUUCAAUCGGAUUCAAGUCUGGACUUUUGACUUGGCGUCUCCAAAACCUUCAUAGAAGUUGACUUGCUGGUGUGUUUUGGAUUGUUAUCCAGCUGGCGAACCCGAGCGCGCUUCAGCUUGAGGUCACAAACUGAUGACUGAAUAUUCUCCAGGACUUUCUGUUAAAGAGCGGAAUUCAAGGUCCCAUCAAUCACAGCAAGUUGUCCAGGUCCUGAAGGAGCAAAGCAGCCUAAGACGAUCACACUACCACCACCACGUUUGACUGUUUGUGAUUUCUUGAUUGAACUGGUCUGGAGGUAAUAGGCUUGGGUGUGAUCAGUGACAAUUAACCAAAAAUUGUGAUUAGCCACAAUUAAUUUGUGGGGUAAUUACUUUUUCACACAGGGCCAGGUCACUUUGAAUAGUUUGUUUUCCUUAAUAAAUGAAAUCACCGUUUAAAAACAGCAUUUUAUGUUUACUUGGAUUAUAUUUGUCUAAUAAACAUUUUUGGGAUGAUCUUAAAGUGGGGAAACUGCAAUUUGAGAAGGGGGGCCAAUACUUUUUCGCGGCACUGUAUUUCUAAAUCCUUGUGUGAUUACACGGUGAUAAGGUCAAACAGGCCCUCAAAAUCCUUUUUUAGGGUUGUCUGUGAGGAGAUGGUCGAGAGGCAUUAAACCUGAUAAAUUGUCUUCGGUGUGACUUUGUGCAAAGAAUCCUUAUAAAAAGACAGUUAGGCCUGUAUUUGUGCGUAAGCCUUUUUAUUUUAUUUCUUUAUAUACAAAUGUGCCUGGGCUUGCACACUUUUCAUCUACGCGUACUCUCCCGUCCAGAUCUCUGACAGACCCACCGCACGUAAGCUGUAAAUGAGUGCGCAAACACCUCGGAGGUGUGACUCAUUAAAUUCUAAGGCUGGCUGUAAAUCAUGGAGCACAGAGUUUUCUUGAGACGUGCGACUGUUAUUGAAAUCCAUGAGAAAAAUAAAGCACACUUUAAAUAUAAAAUGCUUUACGUGUGUUGUCGGCCAGUCGGGACUUGCAUACUGCUCCGGCUAACACACUAACACUUUGAAAUAGCCAGCCGGUGCUGAUAUUUUUCUUUUAUUAAAUAUGGCUACAAUGCUCUGAUACCUGACUCGCAGCACCCCUUUGAUCAGCUCAAUAAUAAAAAAUUAAAACAAAUCUUGUCUCUCUACAUACAUUUGAAGUCACUUAUAACGUGUGGCGACAUUGUAACAAUCCAAACAAAGUGCAAUAUGAUGGUUCACCUUCAAGGGGCUAGUAGGCAGCCUCUGGAGCACAUAAGAGAAAAAGUGCUAGCGUUCACCGGAGAAUGCACAAAAAGCCAGAUUUGACAGGAAACGCCCACCUUUUAGGGUUUCUCCACCCCGAGUGGAUACCUGGCAUUGAAGGUGUGUUUAAGUGGAGGGGAGAAUCUGUGUGGCAUCAAACCUGACCGUAAUAAAAAAAAAAAUAACAUGGUUUGGUAUUUUCUGGUCAUUGAUAAAAAAAAAAAAAAAAAAAAUUCUCUCUCUUAAUUAAUUUAAUCAGACCCAAAACAAGAGCAGACACAGUUGCUGUUUUUGUCACACGUUAAAAAAUAAAAUUAAAAACAUCUAGAAACAUUGCAAGUGAAACGAUAUAAAAGUGUGCAAAUAUCAACAAAAAGGGGGAAAAUAUAAGAAAGUAAAGUAGUCCAAUAAAUAUGAUUGACACACAAAAUCUACUAAUUCUGCUGUGGCAAGAUAACACACUCGUAGUCAUAUAAUGUAGUCAAAUGUGUUUAGAUUAGAAAGGUGUGUCUCAAGACGUUUGUGCCUUGUACAAUGUCGUAGCCUUCUAGGUGACGUGACUACAGUAACUGUCGCCAUCCGGUGGCCGCAUACGGUAGCUGCAGAUGGUGGCCCCACACGGUAAAACGCUGUUUAAUGCUUGAGAUACAUACAGAUUUUUAUAAAAGCACAAAAACGCUGUUUAAUUGUAAUUGUAGGCACACAUAGGCAAACAACCAUCCGCGCUCACAUUCCCACCUACGGGCAAUUUAGAGCCAUCAAUCAACCUACCGCGAAUGUUUUUGGGAUGGGGGAGGAAACCAGAGUACCCCGAGAAAACCCACUCCUGUUGUGGAGUUUGCAUGUUCUCCCCGUGCCUGCGUGGCUUUUCUCCGGGGUAUUAAUGAAGACUCAUCACCUUGUUUUUACACAAUUUUGAAAUAAGCACACAAGAAGUUUGCCAGGGGAGUAAUUUAUUUGUUUUAUAUACUCCACUGGCAAUUUCUUAUUUGCUGUAUCUAAUUUUAAUUAGUUAAAAUUAGAUACAGCAAAUUAAUUAAGACAUUGAAGCAUUUCCCUGUGGUCAAUUGGCAUUUCAUAGAUUGUGUCAGGGUUCCAAGUCAAGCAUUACUUGGUCACUCGCGUUAACACAGCUGGAAAUAUGUGGAGCUGUUCUGACCAUAGAUGCGAUGACUAUCCGCUGUAGCAGACCCGCGACCGACGACGUGCCUACGUGGCGGCCAUGCUGGGAAGGUCGAUGUUCCCUUCAAAGGCAAUGCACGGAUAUUGAAAUAAGUCAUAACUUGUUCAUUUCGCAUCCGAUUUUUAAGAGGUUUACUUUUUUUGUCAAUGCCAAAGCGUGUGCUAUUGUCACAUAACAUAUUGGUCUUUAUAUAUUUUCUUUUCAAGUUUUGGGCUGGCCUUGCCACUGUUUGCCGCAAACAAACGUUAUUGAUAUCAAUGUGUUUGUAUUGAAAUAUCAUUUGACACAAUCAAGUGUGGAAAAUAACUUUCAUCAUGUGGUGUCCGUUUUUAUUGACGCAAUUCUCAAAGCGUUGAUGGAUGUUGGCUUCCACUCUCUAACAUUGGACAAAUCAGGGAGGGGACCGAGGAGGCCAAGGAGCGUCACCGGAAAGAGGACGAAGAACGGCCAUUGGCCGUUGCCCCAACCACACACGCCGUAGAGGCAUGUGUCUUCGUCGCAAUUCUGGCAGAAAGUAGUUAUUUCUCUUCAUCACCUUUCCCCUCCACAGCGCUGGGGCUACCGAAUAGUUUUAGAAUCGAUUAUUCUCCUGAUCGUUCCACCGAUUAUUUGAGUAAUAUAAUAAAAAUGGAUUUUGCAUAAUACCACUGCACUUUAUAAAAUAGUCAACCCCCAAUUAUUUUUGGGCACUGUAGAUUCAAGUAUUUACCUGUGCAGUCUAUCGUCAGCAGGUGAUGCACUGGGACUGUGUCACGGAGGUGGCAGAACGAGGCACCUGUUUUCUGUGAACAGGUCAGAACUGUAACAUGCAAUAGUUUGUGAUGUCUUCAAAAUCGCGGUCGAACGUCACAAUAAACGCAUACAAUCGUGCGACAAUGAUAAUAGUUAAGGAAACAGACUCUAUAAAUGUAAACGGAUGUUAUGUAUGAUAUAAUGUGUUCUAAAGUGUAUCGUUGAUACUGUUUCCUAAGUGAAGGCAUAGGCAACGUUAAGAUAGGCCAGGUAUUGUGUCGACAUUAGAAAGAGGCCCCGGAGCCACCGUAGAGGAGCGGUCACAGUACGGUGCAUGAGACGGAAUGCAACAGUUUUUGUUUUCUGUUAACAGAAUCCCCCUCUCACCCGGUAAAACAAAUACAAAUAAAUGUGUCGCACUUGGAUGAGCUCUGCCCUAUUAUGGUAUGUGUAACAAAAAUAUGCAUGUGACGUGCGGGUAUUUUUUUUUGUUCACUUGUGGUCGCCAUCCUCUCGUUCUUCACUGUACUAUUUGUGACUAUAAACGUGUGGGGCCUCGUCUGUUGAGUGACGCAGGAUUUAGCGAAUGAGAGUGUUGAGUUGGCUUUUAUUGGCUGAGGAUAUCGGCUGGCUCUUCGUUGGCUAACUGUUAGCACUGGCUAGCCGUUCGCACUGUUGAGUUUCUCUGGGCAUCAGUUGCGGUUGCGCAGCUGGUGGAUGAAUGUACUUUUUAUGUGUUUAUUUUUGUUUCUCUUUGUUCAGUGAAACAAUUGAAAGAGCACCAGUGGCUGUGUAUAUCCUUGACCACCUGUGGCGAUAUUACAGUUCUUUCUAACUCGCGUGGUAGGCAAUAUUAAAUUAGCUAACGAUGUUUACAGUAUGUGUACAGUCUGGAAUCCAAUUCUGCUUUGCAUUAGAUACAUUGUACUUUAUCUUCUUUCGCCUCCUUGAGCCGUUACCUUAUCAUGGUGGAGGGGUUUGUGUGUCCCAAUGAUCCGAGGAGCUAAGUUCUCUGGGGCUUCACGCCCCUGGUAGGGUCACCCAUGACAAACAGGUCCUAGGUGAGGGACCAGACAAAGCACGUAUCCAAAAAUCCCUAUGAUGAAUACAAUAAAUGAAAAUACGUUUACUUUGCCCAGGCGCAGGUCACCGGAGCCCCCUCGGGAGCCAGGCCUGGAGGUGGGGCUCGAAGGCGAGCGCCUGGUGGCCGGGCCUGCACCCAUGGGGGCACACCCAGAAAGGGUAAUGUGGGUCCCCCGUCCCAUGGGCUCACCACCUGUGAGAGGGGCCAUAGGGGUUGGGUGCGGUGUGAGAUGGACGGUGGCCCAAGGCGGGGACCUUGGCGAUCCGAUCCCAGGCUACAGAAGCUGGCUCUCGGGACAUGGAAUGUCCCUUCUCUGGUAGGGAAGGAGCCCGAGUUGGUGUAUGAGGUUGAGAAGUUCCAACUAGAUAUAGUCUGGCUACGCCUCCACACACGGCUUGGGCUCUGGUACCAGUCCUAUUGAGAGGGUUUGUACUAUUUUCCACUCUGGAGUUUCCUACGGUGAGAGGCACCGAGCAGGUGUAGUUAUACUUAUUGCCCCCUGCCUCGGCGCCUGUACAUUGGGGUUCACCCCGGUGGACGAGACGGUAGCCUCCCUCCCAGGUGGGGGGACGGGUCCUGACUGUUGUUUGUGCCUAUGCACCAAACAGCAGUUCAGAGUACCCACCCUUUUUGGAAUCCUUGGAGAGGGUGGUGGAGAAUCUCAAGUUCACGAGGAGCAGUGUGGUUUUCGUCCUGGCCGUGGAAGGGUGGACCAGCUCUACACGCUCGGCAGGGUGCAUGGGAGUUCGCCUAACCAAUCUACAUGUGUUUUAUGGAUUUGGAGAAGGCGUUCGACUGUGUGUGUUAUGGACGGAAAGUUCAAAAGCCACCAUCUGUGAUGGUAUGGGGCUGUGUUCGUGCCAAUGGCAUGGGUAACUUGCAAAUCUGUGAAGGCACCAUUAAUGCUGAAAGGUACAUACAGGUUUUGGAGAAACCUAUGCUGCCAUCCAAGCAACGUCUUUUUCAUGGGCGCCCCUGCUUAUUUUAGCAAGACAAUGCCAAACCACAUUCUGCACGUGUUAAGACAGCGUGGCUUCAUAGUAAAAGAGUGCGGGUACUAGACUGGCCCGCCAGCAGGCCAGUGCAAACUGUAGGCCGGUCCCAAGCCCGGAUAAAUGCAGAGGAUCACAGUUCCAUACCGAAUCGGUGGUGACCCAGGUUAACAACGUCCGCCACCGGCGCUGUCAACCUGUGCGCCAGUGAAAAUUCAGCUACUGUGGGUCGAAUUAGAAGAAGAGGUGCAAAGUGGGUUCUUCGGCAGAAAGAGAAGAGGAAAGCACAGAGCCUAGAACUGAAUGUGGGGACUUUGAAUGUUGGGACUAGGACAGGAAAAUCUCAAGAGUUGGUUGACAUGAUGAUUAGGAGAAAGGUUGAUAUAUUGUGUGUCAAGGAGACCAGGUGGAAAGCCAGUAAGGCUAGAAGUUUAGGGGCAGGGUUUAAAUUAUUUUACCAUGGUGUAAUUGGAAGAGAAAUGGAGUCGGGGUUAUUUUAAACAAAGAGUUGGCUAAGAAUAUCUUGGCACAUCUUGUGCAGACGAUGUAAUCUGAAGGAGGUUACCGACUGUAAGGUAGUGGUAGGGGAGAGUGUGGCAAGACAGCAUAGGACGGUGGUGUGUAAAAUGACUCUGUGGUGGUGGGGAGGAAGAUUAGGAAGACAAAGGCAGAGCAGAGAACCAUGUGGUGGAAGCUGAGACAGGACGAAUGUUGUGUAGCUUUUCGGGAAGAGGUGAGACAGGCUCUCGGUGGACAGGAGGAGCUUCCAGAAGACUGGAGGCUAGACUCAGGACAGAAGUGAGUAUUUGCGAGCAACAGUAUGGUUUCAUGCCUCGAAAGAGUACCACAGAUGCAUUAUUUGCCUUGAGGAUGUUGAUGGAAAGGUACAGAGAAGGUCAGAAGGAGCUACAUUGUGUCUUUGUAGAUCGAGAGAAAGCCUAUGACAGAGUACCCAGAGAGGAACUGUGGUACUGCAUGCGGAAGUCUGGAGUGGCAGAGAAGUAUGUUCGGAUAAUACAGGACAUGUACGAGGGCAGCGGAACAGCGGUGAGGUGUCCUGUAGCUGUGACAGAGGAAUUUAAGGUGGAGGUGGGACUGCAUCAGGGAUCGGCCCUGAGCCCCUUCCUGUUUGCAGUGGUGAUGGAUAGGCUGACAGAUGAGGUUAGACUGAUCACAGAUCACAUUUCAGGAUCAAUUAAAUAAGAAAUUCAGGUAUUUUCAAAGUGUUAACAGACUUUUUCUUUCAAAUGUAGUCAUCAUUUGCAUCAAUUAUUGUAAACGUUGCUAUGCUUUAUUUAGCCUUACAAGAUAUGAACCCUUCGAAACAAAGUUUCCACACACAGUGACACUAAUGUCGUUGCCCAGAGAAAACUGGUAUGAUUUUAUUACAUUUACAAUCCAGUAAUCCACAAAAAACAUUACCCAAAGCCUGAGCCACACUAUUUUAAGUACACGAAGCUUUGGCUUAAAAUUAGUCAGUUAUGUGCAUUGCAUUGACACUAAUGAUGACAAGAUUACGACAUUUCGGCAAAAGCCAAAAACUGUAACAGCCUAUUCGUGUGCUAUAAAUCAUGGCUGCCCGUGAGGGUCUAUCUCCCUGCAUGGACAGCUUUGCCAAGCAGCCAAAACGCUGUCAAGUCUUCGUAACACGAGCACUAUCAUUGGUGAGCCUCUUGUUGGGGCUGUUUGUUUAUGUUUUUAUUUUGAAGGAAUAAUAAAAGCAACUCUGCCACCAGCUCUCCAAGCAUCUAUUCUUCCCUAAUUUCUUUUAACACACAAUUCAAUGGUAUUGAUGAUGCUGGAGACCAACUGUAUAUUUGGAUACACUCCAAAUACCUCAAAAGUAACUAUGAACAUGUUCAUUGUACUCGACCUGGCAAGAAAAUAAAAAUUGGAUACCGAUUUAUUGCAUGAUUUGAGAUAAUACUCAGGAACAAUCUAUUCAGUAGGCGUAAUAAAAAGCGCUGUCGUCAACCUCCAUCCUUGUCUCCAUCCGCUGAACCAGUGACAAUGUAGCUCAUUUUAAAUGAUACAAAGCCAUUAGAGUGGCACGAGGAUGUACAUCAAUAAAAUGAUUUAUCAAAGAUGAAACAAUUUUGGGGGAUUUUUGUGUCCAACUGCAUCUACACUACGUAAAUAUUGAGAUGACAAGCAACAAAGCAGCAGCUUAAAAAAAAAAAAAAAAAAAAGCUUUGGAUGAGAUGCAUAAGUAAAAACAGCUAUGAGUCAUAUAAAAGCCCUUCUAAUCCAAAAUUGAAAAAGAAACAUGAAUAAAAGCACAAUACAUGUUAAGGACCUAUUACAAGUAAAUUGUGUCCAAUAUGAAUGCAAAACUUUUUUUGUUCCCAUUUUUCACAAGAUGAAUUUAACGAUCUAAAAAUGUUUCCGCUUUCUCAAGCCUUGCUCGCAAAUCGCGUCGGCGAGCACUUCUAUGCUGAGAUAAUCCGUCCAUCCCAUCGGUGUGGCAGAACAAGAUGCCGAGAAGACAGCAUGAUUGUCCGCAAUAAAAG